AAACAUUAUGCAAUGAUGAAGCGCGCAUGCCUCUGUUUCCAAGACAACUUCAGCUUUUCAGCGAGGCAGUUACUCAGUAUUACUGUGUUUUGACAGUGAAGACACAGAUUUAAAGGGCAAAACAAAAGAAACCCCGUCUGCGCUGAAGGAAGGAUAGCAAGACGGUUUGCGUGACCAUCAUAUGGUCAUUAUGUUUUUCAGACAUGCAAAUAUUUUUUUUCCUGGAUGUUUGCGGUAAUAAAACGCAUACAUUCCUUAUUUGUUUUUCCUCGGCCUCGGCUGCCGUUCCCGUUAAAGCCAGGGUUGUUCCCUUAUCGCGGAGGGCUGAAUUCUGCUGUGGAGAAACAGGCCCCCCGAGGACCUCACAAUCAAAACAAAUCGACCACGCGUGCUUUUCCCGCAGCAGUGACAUCACGUGGCCCCUCCCCUUCCCCCCGCAAGUAAACAGAAAAGAGCGAGGAAAGCGUUCCUGCCAGCCGCCGUAACACAACUUGACGUGAAUCGUUAAUAUCUCAUUCACCGCCUGUGUGUGCGUGUGUGUGUGUGUGUGUUUGUUUGUUUUUUUGCGGGUUCGGUCCACGCAGCUGACUCGUUCUGGUACGCAAAGAUGAAGGGAGAGGCGGAAGUGAAGUCACUUGACAGAACCGUCCAUGUUAUUAUUGUUAUUUUGGUAACCCUGUGAUGAGACGUGCUGGGGUGCCGUUUGCUCUCCGAGACAGCGAGCGUUCACUGUACCGCAGGCCGCUUCUUCGGACCCACACCACGCCUCGCUGCGACCACCGCUGCCGCCUCCUCACUGACCCGGAGACAGGAGCCUCGCUGGCGGCUGGGGGGAGGAGGAGGAGGAGGAGGAGGUGGUGGAGGAGGGUGUGAAGACCCAGCUUCAGCUCAGCUCAGCUCCUACGUUCCCAAAAACAAAACGGCGAGAAAAUCAGCCCGAGAAGCGGCUCCGUUGGUUCUGUCUGCAGCAGGAAGGAGCCGCCGUAGACAUGAACGGUAUCACCAAGAGCCGGUUCGAGGUCUUCUCAAACACUGAUGAAGCCCCAAUUAACAAGAAGCUCCCCAAAGAGCUUCUUCUCAGAAUAUUCUCCUAUCUAGAUGUGGUUACACUCUGUAGAUGUGCACAGGUGUCAAAGGCGUGGAAUGUCCUGGCUCUAGAUGGCAGCAACUGGCAGAAGAUCGACUUGUUCAACUUCCAGACCGACAUAGAAGGCCGGGUUGUGGAAAACAUUUCGAAGCGUUGUGGAGGCUUCCUGAGGCAGCUUAGCCUCAGGGGCUGCCUGAGCGUUGGAGAUGCUUCUAUGAAGACAUUUGCUCAGAACUGCAGAAAUAUUGAAGUGCUGAACCUAAACGGCUGCACCAAGAUUGCUGACAGCACCUGCCUCAGCCUCAGCAAGUUUUGCUCCAAGCUCAAGCAGUUAGAUCUGACCUCCUGUGUGUCCAUCACCAACCACUCCCUCAAGGCCCUGAGUGACGGCUGCAGAAUGCUGGACAUGUUAAAUCUGUCAUGGUGUGACCAGAUCACACGUGAUGGUAUUGAGGCCCUGGCUAGAGGUUGCACUGGUUUACGAGCACUUUUCCUCAGAGGCUGCACCCAGCUGGAUGAUGGCGCACUGAAGCACCUACAGAAGCACUGCCCUGAACUGACCACCAUCAAUAUGCAGGCCUGCACACAAAUAACAGAUGAAGGCCUGGUCAGUUUGUGCCGUGGAUGCCACAAGCUGCAGAUCCUCUGCAUAUCUGGCUGCAGUAAUGUCACUGAUGCAUCUCUGACUGCACUGGGACUUAAUUGUCCCCAACUCAAGAUCCUUGAGGCUGCACGAUGUUCACAUGUUACUGAUGCCGGGUUCACAGUGCUUGCAAGAAAUUGUCAUGAGCUUGAAAAAAUGGACUUAGAAGAAUGUAUUCUGGUGACUGAUAACACCUUGGUUCAGCUGUCUAUCCACUGCCCACGGCUGCAAGCAUUGUCUCUGUCCCACUGCGAGCUGAUCACAGAUGACGGUAUCAGAGCUCUCAGCAACAGCACCUGUGGCCAGGAGCGCCUCACAGUGGUGGAGCUGGACAACUGCCCCCUCAUCACCGACGUGACCCUGGAGCAUCUCAAGAGCUGCCAUCAUCUGGAACGUAUCGAGCUCUACGACUGCCAGCAAGUCACUAGGGCUGGCAUCAAACGCAUCAGGGCUCAGCUUCCGGAUAUCAAAGUGCACGCAUACUUUGCCCCAGUAACACCUCCACCCUCUGUGCACGGAGGUGGCCAGCGUUUAUGCCGCUGCUGUAUUAUCCUCUGACAAUGGAGGGCCAGAGGGGGGCACCUCUGUCUACAGGUCCUGCUGCUUUGAUCCCAAGGGGUUUUGGGAGGGAGAGACAGGUGGCUAGAGUAGGUGGUGAAGGAGAGAGGAGGGGCUGGACCCACUCACUGCUCCUGAUCAUAGAUCAAUACAUGGACUUAUCUCCACUGAUCCCUGAUCGGUUAAAACUGCCCCUCCUUUCUCUUCUUGCUCACCAACCAGCACUCCAGCAGCAUGGGGGUUCGGAGUGGUUGAAAGAAAGAGAUAUGAAUGGAUGGACUUUCUUUAUCUCUGUCUUGUUCUCUCCUUCCUCCUCUAAAGACAAAAACAGGUUCACCGCUCCAUAAUGAACCACGCAUCGCAGAUAUCCCACCUUUUGGUGUAACAGACUGCAGUGGAACAUUGGAAACGCAAUGCAUCAUUUUCAAAUGAGGAAAAAAAGAAAAAAGAUGUUCUCAUCUUGGAAAAGUUACACAGUCCGGAGUAUCAUCUCAACCAAUCACGUCACCUUUAUGUGACCAUCCUGUGAUUCUUUCUUCUUCAGCCAAUAGACACGCAGCUCUGUGAGAGACGACAGUCGGGAUGUGGCUGGAAUGCAGAUGUUGUGUGAAGUAACGAUGCAGCAAGAUCGAUUCUAAAGUGUGGAAUAAACAGGAAGUACAACAAAACAGGACAUAUUACUUAUUUGUGCAUCUGAGAAACUUUUGAGAAUUUGAUUCUGUUUGUACAGAGAAUGUUUUACAACAGGAAAAAAUAUGAGAUGCACAGCAACUCACUCAAAACUGGGAAAGGCCAACAAACUGCAACCUUUGUUUUCAGUGCUUAUUGUAAUUGUCCAUACCUGUCUAUUCAGAAAGAGACUAAUGCUUGUCUUUUUAAUGUAAAAAAAAACAAAACACAGUUGCUGUUUAACAAAGAAGGGCCUAUGAUAAGACCCUGAGGGUAAAAAAGCAUUUUGUUGACACCGAUUCUGGGGUGAGUGGCCUCUGUUGUGACCUGUGUUGUUCCGUUGGCUUGUAGGCCCUGGUCCAAUUCUUUCAGUAAGCUCUGUUAACUAUCUCCUACUUGACCACUGAAGCAUUUGUUUACAUUUCAGAUAAGGUUAGCACCAGAGGCUAACCUGUUUACAUCAGAAGGUUUCCAGUCCCCAUUACUGUUCCGAGUGAGUCUGAAUAGUUUAUUAGACGUAUGCAACUGUGUCAUACAGUUGAGGGGACUCUGACGUAUUCUGAUUUAUUGCUGUGUGUUUCUGGACAUCAGUCAGGGCUUUGGGUGGUGGAACUGCUUCAAAAUGAAAAGGAAAUUUCUGUAGGGCUCAAGGAUUGGGUAUAAGACUGAGCAAAAGGCACCUCAUGUUUUUGACAAUCACAAAUGUAUUUAUUUUUAAGUCUCUCUAGUAUAGUUCUAUGUAACUGUCACUUUACCUUUGUUGUAAGAUGUUAUAAAUUGGCUUAUAUCUUUCCAUUUCAGCUGUUUACAAUGCUAAGCAGCACAUACAUAUUUAUUAUGAAUAGAAUCUAUACUUCUGAGGAAAUGUAUCAGAUUAAUUUGUUCGAUUUAUCACAGAUUUCCUGUUGUCAUUACAGAAGAUGCAAAACCUAGCAAAGUUAUAUGUGAUUGCUGGAAAGUCCUAAAAUUGCUGGUUUAAUUUGCUUAGUAUGCCUUAAUAUCAACAGGAUCUCACCUGGGUAUGAAAUCCAACCACCAAAAAUGUUCCAACUAAAUAAAGCCAGGUUGUGAUUUAAUGUUACUCUAGAAACUGGUAAGUGCUGGCUAUUGCCAAGUGCUUAAAGGCUUUGGAGAGAGACAGGGCAGUGGGUUGGAUCGAAGAUUGAUAAAAGGAAGAUCAAGAUUUCGAUGGAUACAUAGCUGGCAUGACUGGUUGUUAUACUAAUGUCCUCUGACAGUUUUAACAGUUUUAUGUUUAAGAAAAAUAAAUAAAUACAUUAAAAAUAAGACAAAUGAAUAAAUAAAGAUGACUAAUAGUAAA